AUGCUGUGUCUUGAGGGCAAGCUGAACCUUCUGGAGUCCCAGCGCGAGUUGAGCUUUGAGUCGACUCAAACUACACAAGGAAGCGGAGGAGGCGGUGGCACUGCAGCAGAGGACUUCAAGUUGGAUAUGCUGUGCCUUGAGAGCAAGUUGCUUUAUGAGUCGACUCAAAACUCAAGAGGAAGCGGAGGCGGCGGUGACAUGGUAGCGGAGGACUUGGACAUGCUGUGUCUUGAGAGCAAGCUGAGCCUGCUGGAGUCCCAGCGCGAGCAGAACGCGGUGCGAUGCCAGCAGUUUGUGGACAUGCUGCGGAUCGCCACACAGGCGGAGGAGAAGACCAGGGAGGAGACCAGCAGAGGAGCAGGCGUUGCUGGGAAGAAGGAGAGGGCUCCGUUGUUGGCAGUUGAUAGACUGGGCGGCUUGGCUGGCCGGCGGCGGUUGAGUCGUCGCCGGUCGACAUCGGAUUUGUUGGAGGCGAGGAGGCGCGCUUGCGCUGCUGCUGCUUUGACUGCUAGCCAAGUUGACCGAGGGGAAGAGACAGCACCGGAGGACACGUCAGCAGGAGCGGAGGCUGCGCGCUUCGUGGUGGGAUCUAAGAUAUGGGUGGCGCAUGAGAAGGCGGCGUUCGCUGCAGCUGAGGUUACGGCGGUGCAGGACAAUGGGGAGACCGUUGAGGCGAUUCUCGUGGAUCCCAAGGGGGACGACAAGGUGCUCAUCCCUGCGAGGGAGUGCUUCCCCAGGGAGGAGGACGAGGAGAAGGAUCCCAAGGACGACAUGGUGAAGCUGGACCACCUGCACGAGCCGGGCGUGCUGCACAACCUCAGGAGGAGAUACGUGCGCAACGCCAUAUACACCUACACAGGCACCAUUCUCAUCGCAGUCAACCCCUUCAUAUACCUGCCAGGCCUCUACCACCCGCAGCUGAAGAGCCAGUACCGUAAUGUACCUCUGGGACAGCUGAGCCCCCACGUGUUCGCCAUUGCCGACCAUGCCUACAGGUCCAUGAGGGAGGCAGGGCGCAGCCAGUCGGUGCUAAUCAGUGGGGAGAGCGGCGCUGGAAAGACAGAGACCACCAAGCUGGUCAUGGAGUACCUGGCGGGGGCAGGGGUGGCGGAUAAGGCUGCUGCUGCUGCUGCUGGAGCUGCAGGGGCCGUGGGUAUGGGGGGCGGGAGGAGAGGGAGGCGGGGAGGGGUGGAGGCGGUUGUGUCUGCUGAGUCAACUCAAUGUGUUGAGAGAGUGCUGCAGCUCAGCUCAAUCAAUUCCCAGUCUCGCCCACUCGAACACACCCACCCCAACCUCCCCCUACCCCCCAAAACCCCCGUUCCUUCCUUUCUCCCCCACCCUCCUCAUCCUCCUCUGCUGCUCGUCCCCCCCUUCCCUCAUCCCCCUCGUCCCCCCCUUCCUCAAGUUCCCUCGUCCCCGCCCUUCCCUCCUCCACCCCAGUCCAACCAAGUGCUCGAGACGUUCGGGAAUGCCAAGACAGUGCGCAAUAACAACUCGAGUCGUUUUGGCAAGUUCAUCGAAAUUCACUUUGACAGCGACGGCAGGGUGACAGGGGCAGCCAUUCGAUCUUACCUGCUGGAGCGGUCCAGAGUGGUGCAGAUCGGUAGCCCUGAGCGCUCCUAUCAUUGUUUUUACCAGCUGCUCUAUGGUGCCACACCCGAGAAUGCGAUUAUCUUCGGUCUGAGAUCCCCCUCCCCAUUCGUUCGACCAUACCGUAAGAAGCAGAGAAUUAUUUUCUACCCCACAGAGGGUUACCGGGCAGCAGAGCUCCACCUGGCAGCAGAGCUCCACCUGGCAGCAGAGCUCCACCUGGCAGCAGAGCUCCACCUGGCAGCAGAGCUCCACCUGGCAGCAAAGCUCCACCUGGCAGCAGAGCUCCACCUGGCAGCAGAGCUCCACCUGGCAGCAGAGCUCCACCUGGCAGCAGAGCUCCACCUGGCAGCAGAGCUCCACCUGGCAGCAGAGCUCCACUGGUUGAUGUGGGGCGACUGUUAUGAGCUGUGCACCUCCUUCUCCCUCCCUGUUGCCCUUAUUUUCCCUCCCCCACUCCCCUUGCCCCCCUCUCCAUUCCUUCGUCCAUACCGUAAGAAGCAGAGAAGCAUUUUCUAA